AUGCCGCUCUAUGCCAAAUUUUUAAAGGAGCUCAUGACAAGGAAGAGGAAUUGGGGAGAGAAAGAGACUGUAGUGCUCACUGAGGAGUGUAGUGCCAUAAUACAAAAGAAGCUUCUCCAAAAACUGAAAGAUCCUGGGAGCUUUCAAAUCCCCUGUAUCAUUGAAGAUAUGAACAUUGAGAAGGCAUUAUGUGAUCUCGGAGCAAGCAUAAACCUCAUGUCUUUAGACAUGAUGAAAAGAAUGAGAAUAGAAGAAGCCAAGCCAACAAGGAUGGCACUUCAAUUGGCUGACAGAACGUUUAAAUUCUCCCAUGGUGUGGUGGAUGAUCUAUUGGUGAAAGUGGGGUAA